AUGCAAGGGGAGCCAAACCCUAGUGCUUCCCUUAUUGACAGAACCAUCAAGAUGAGAAAAGAAACAGAAGCUAGGAAAGUGGUUUUAGCCUGGGGACUCCUAAAUGUAUCUAUGGCUGGAAUGAUAUAUACUGAAAUGACUGGAAGAAUGUAUAGUUUAUAUUAUAAUGUGAGAUACUGGCCCCUCUGGUAUAUAGAGCUUGCCCUUGGAUUUCUCUUCAGCCUAAAUGCUUUAUUUGAUUUUUGGAGAUAUUUCAAGUACACUGUGGCACCAACAAGUCUGGUUGUUAGCCCUGGACAGCAAACACUUUUAGGGUUGAAAACAGCUGUUGUACAGACUACUCCUCCACGUGAUCUGGCAGCACCCCAAAUCCCUCCCUCUCCACCUUCUCCUUCAAUUCAGGGUCAGAGUGUAUUAAGUUAUAGCCCAUCUCGCUCACCCAGUACCAGCCCCAAGUUCACCACCAGCUGUAUAACUGGAUACAGCCCUCAGCUACAAGGUCUGUCAUCAGGUGGCAGUGGUUCUUUUAGCCCUGGAGUGACCUACUCACCCAUCAGUGGUUAUAACAAGUUGGCCAGCUAUAGUCCCUCUCCAUCUUCUCCAUACCCUACCACUGUUGGACAAGUGGAGAACAGUGGAUUGAGAUCUCGCUACCGUUCUUCACCCACCAUCUACAACUCCCCUACUGACAAAGAAGACUACAUGACAGACCUACGAACCUUGGAUACUUUUCUUAGAAGUGAAGAAGAGAAACAGCAUAGAGUUAAGCUGGGAAUCCCAGAUUCUACUUCGCCUUCCACCAGUCCUACUUUCUGGAACCACAGUCGUUCUAUGGGGGAUUAUGCACAAACUUUAAAGAAGUUUCAGUAUCAGCUUGCCUGUAGGUCUCAGGCCCCAUGUGCUAACAAAGAUGAAGCUGAUCUCAGUUCUAAACAAGCUGCAGAGGAGGUCUGGGCAAGAGUGACUAUGAAUAGACAACUUCUUGAUCAUAUGGAUUCAUGGACAGCCAAGUUCAGAAAUUGGAUCAAUGAGACAAUAUUAGUGCCACUUGUACAAGAGAUUGAGUCUGUCAGCACACAAAUGAGGCGAAUGGGUUGUCCAGAGCUGCAAAUAGGAGAGGCUAGUAUUACUAGCUUGAAGCAGGCUGCUCUGGUCAAAGCUCCACUCAUUCCAACUCUAAAUACAAUCGUGCAGUAUCUAGACCUCACGCCAAAUCAGGAAUACUUGUUUGAAAGGAUCAAAGAACUUUCCCAAGGAGGCUGUAUGAGCUCAUUUCGAUGGAAUAGAGGUGGAGACUUCAAAGGCCGCAAGUGGGAUACAGACCUGCCCACUGAUUCUGCUAUCAUCAUGCAUGUGUUUUGCACCUACCUUGAUUCCAGACUACCUCCACAUCCUAAAUACCCUGAUGGAAAAACAUUUACUUCUCAGCACUUCGUUCAGACACCGAAUAAACCAGACGUGACAAAUGAGAAUGUUUUUUGCAUUUAUCAGAGUGCUAUCAACCCUCCCCAUUAUGAGCUAAUCUACCAGCGUCAUGUCUACAGUCUUCCAAAGGGCCGAAAUAAUAUGUUUCAUACGUUGUUAAUGUUCCUCUACAUCAUAAAGACCAAAGAGUCAGGAAUGCUUGGGAGAGUUAAUCUUGGUCUGUCUGGUGUGAAUAUUUUGUGGAUUUUUGGCGAGUAGUGGGUCAUUUAAUUCCAAACUUUUGGACUCCAUUUGACUGAAUCAGAAGUUGAAUCUAAGUAUCUGAGUUACUGCCUCUUCUGAAAUAAGAUACAUAUGUGUAUGUUACAGACUGUUUAGAUUUAACAAAAAAUUAGCUAUUAUGAAACUUCUUUGUAAAAGUAUGCCCUAUAUCUUCUACACCAAGAAACAUUACUUUAUCAUUUCAGAAAAAAACUGCAAUCCUUCAGAUUUUUGUUGGCCAAAACAGUGCAGUUCCCCCUUAAUUGAGUCCUUCUUCACUGUAACCCCCCAAAUAAGAAUCAUCCGCCUGAUUCUU